GAGAAGGGGGACACAGUACGGAAUAGCGAAUAAGCCUUUUGUUUUAAACGUAAGCUUGUGUUUCUGCUUUUUAUUCUCGUCAAGAACACGGACCUCAUUGUUGAGACUGAUCCAGUUCUUUUUAUUCAGCGAAACAAUUUCCAUGUCAGAAUGACCUAUCGCUAUCGCCAUUGGCGAUGACAACAUUUAGUGAAAUAAGUGUAUACCGAACAACCUAUAAGAACUGAACCAGCAGAAACAAAAUGAAGCACUGACAAAAGAUGAAAUUUUUUUACUUAAUCUUAUGAGUUCUUUUAAAUCAGUUGAAUUAAUAACAUUUGAGAGCUAAUUUUUCAGCUGCAGGAGCCAGCAUGAGGUAAAGCCUCCUAACGUAACCCAUUGCUAAAUCAAACUCUGGAAACUAAAUGUGAAUGUGAAAGUGAUAAUCCUGACUGCACAAAUGCAUCCAAGACCAAGAAGCCAACUGAUAUUCUCAUUCUUCCUGUUUUAUUUCCAUUUUCGUUAUUGUUUGUUAGCUAACAAUUCGCUAGGCCUACAAGCAUUUUUCACGAGAGUUGAAUUUCACAAGCUCGAAGGAAGUUCUAUUCAAACCGUCUUCGUGAAUAGUAUCAUCAAAUGCUGUUUUAAAUGUCAGCGUUUUUCAGAUUGUGUAGCUCUGAAUAUCGUCACACUGCCAAACCAAGAUGGCUUGUAUGAAUGUGUGUUGUUGAGGAAGGAGGCAGGCGAUUCUACUCGACCAUUAACAGCAUCCCAUCUUUAUCAUCACUACACUCUUCGCUUGAUGCCCCCACCAAACUCCAUUCAUUGGCCGGGUGAUCAACGGUACAAGAUCAACACAAGUCCUGUAUGUUUUGGAACUAAAGACUCAUCAUUUGGACGAUUCUAUAUUAAACAGAAUAUGACAAUCACCGCAAUCAAGCUUGUCCACCUGUCUGGUUACUUGAUGUGCAAUGUGCUGCAAGACUCGUGCAAAAGCAACUGGGGCUGUGCCGCUUAUACUACGACCCGUAAUAAUUCCUAUGAAGACAGGCUAUAUACAAUAAUAACUGACCAUCAAGACCACAAGAUACUUCCUAAAGACGAAUUUAUCAAAAGUUUCGUGAGUCUAAGCUACAGCCUCCCUGGAAUCACGUCCCAGUCUCCUGAACUGCUCUUCACAAACUUUACCACUCCGAUGAAUGUUACUGCGGUUCAAGAGUUUCGCAUCUGGUAUGGACAAGACCUUGUAAACAAAAGUGAAAGCAAUAACGAAGGAAAUGCGUGUGUUGAGGUGUACGUGUAUGGAAAUGAAACGGUAUAAUUUGAUGCUUAAAAAAAUUUAAGUUAAGGUACCUGGACUAGCUAAAGUGGGUGUCAGUGGGACAUUUGUUCAAAUCGUAUUCAGUAUAUUCUAGAAGUGACUUGAUAAUAAAAAUAUCCAUAAAAUUGUCUUUCCAAAUUGCAUGUUAAAAGUGUGAAAUUCACACAUAAGGCGUCAAAAAAACACAGGUUACCCAAAGAAAAGAAAAUACGGCAGGGCCGUAACCACCAAUUUCUGAUUGGUCCGGUUUUCGGUUUUUUCGAUAUUUUUUAAAAAAUUUUUUCUUAAAUUUUUUGCCCGAAA